AUGACACAAAUUUUCGACAACAUCAAUGAUCAGGUGCUGCACACCUACAUCUUCUGGUCAGCGAUUCUGGUUGGUAAAAUGCUGUUGAUGUCGGUUCUAACCAUAAUGCAACGAUUCCGUAAGAAGGCUUUCGUAAAUGAAGAAGACAUCGUCACCGAUAAGAAACUAAAGCUCAAAUUCGACGAUCCUGAUGUUGAACGUGUUCGUAGAGCCCACCGCAACGAUCUGGAAAAUAUUCUAACCUACUUUGCAAUCGCUUUCUUCUACAUGCUGACCAAUCCGGACCCGUGGAUUGCCGGCACCAUAUUUCGGGCGGUUGCCAUCGGUCGCAUCAUCCACACCGUCGUUUACGCCCUGGUUGUCGUGCCGCAACCGACUCGGUUGCUGGCGUGGCUUGUUCCGUACGCUGCCUGUCUGUACAUGACCGCCCAAACGGUUCUGUACUUUCUGUGA